GUGCGGCUACGUUGGAUUAAUAUUCAUUGUGAGUGCAAUGCGCGAUCCACUAAGAGUGCACAGAUAUAACUUCCUUGUCCAAGCAGAGAGACGAUAUGUGAGAUCUGGGUUGAAUGUUUAUGUUCAAUUAAAAGAGACACCUAGAGCUUAACAAUGUCGGGUUGUUGUUGAGUGAUUGUGGCUACCCAUUACGCCACUACCUCAUGACCCCAGUUCUGCGGCCACAAGGGAGACAGCAGACAACCUACAAUGCUCAUGCAAGGGGGAUGGUCGUUGCGGAACGAGCAUUUGGACUAUUGAAGUCAAGGUUCAGAUAUCAGUGGCAGAUCCAGGAAUUGACUUAAGAAGGGGUCGACACUGAAUAACAUAUCUUACCAAAUGCUGACUACUCCAUUAGCGUUUGCGUGUGUUACACUACUGUCGAGUGUUUGAUAUGAUAAUUGCAGAAAAAGAAAAUACGUUGAGUUGUUAAAAUUUUUAAUUAAUCUGUUUCUGGACGAUGAAACAAAAAUGUUUAGUUAUUGAACACGAUUUAAUUUAAACCAGGAAAUCCUUUGUUUCUGAAAACAAUUUAUGUCGGCUGGGAUGUACCCGCCGUUCAACCAAUGGUAACAUUAUAUAUACGAUUUUGAAAUCCUCAUCUAGCCGUUUUAUAAAUAUGAAUUGUGUGAAAUAUUUCGAUUUCGGAUUUUAGAUUAAAAUUCAUAUUAACGUUUAAAAUGGCAUCCAAACAAGUGCAGUGUGAAAUGUGUUGUAAGGAACAUGCAGUUGGAUUCUGCAAUACAUGUGGAAACAUUGGUGACUCGUGUGUCGAAAUUCAUAAGACAGGAAGGGCAUUUAAAACGCACAUCCUGAAGAUGUAUGGAAAAGGUGGAUACAAUCCAAGGCGCAUUAUGUCUGAUAUCACUGAGGACAUAUGUAAAGACCAUCCUGCUGAAAGAACGCCUUUGUUUUGCAAAACCCAUGAUACUAUGAUCUGUGGGCGAUGUCUUCAUUCGGAUCAUCUCUCAUGUGAGAACGUUGAUUUGUGUAAGGAGGCAAAACAUAUUGAUUACGAUCAAGCUAAUGAUAUGAACCAAGCUUUAAGUGAGAUUAAGGAUGAACUUAAGCGCAUAAAGGAUGAAGUAGAUCAAAAAAUCGCAUCAAGUAAUACCCAUACGAGUAAAUGCAAUAAGGAACUGAAUGAUUUGGAAAACAAACUAAAAGGGAACGUAGAUGAUUCGAUAAAAGCUUUCAGAAAGGAAACUUGUAAAAUUAACGACGAAAACAAUGACGCAUUUUCAUACAUUUCUUCCAUUUGUGAAGAGAAAUUGCGUUGGGUUGAAAAAGAGGAGAGUCAAAUUGAUGACUUUGUUAGCAAUUCGUUGCCUGGAUACUUAUACGUUUUGGGCCGGAAAUUUAAUAAGAACAUUUCGGAGGUCAAAAGGCAGAUGAAGGAAGUCGAAUAUAAGCAUACAUUUAAAAAUGUUUGUCUUAAGGAAAACAAUGUUGCUUUAAAAUGCUUGAUAGAAGACCUGAGGGAUAUUUGUGAAGUUCAGGAGGAAGUUGAUGGCAGCGACGAAGGAAUCACAAACUCACUUGGGAGUCCGCGUCAAGAAACACAAAUGGGCCGUGAGGAACUCAUUGAAGCACUAAGGAAAGCCAAAUUUGACGCAGAUAAAGCAAAAACGACGAUGCAGGAUCUGUCUGAUGAGCUAAAAGAAGUGAAAGAAGACCUAGAUGAUUCAGAAAAGUCAAGAAACAGGUUGGAAGAAGAGUUAUUGAACGUGAAACAGAGCAAAGAGUAUUUAAAAAGGAAUCGAAAGGCACCUAAGGACACACUUGAAAAACCUUUGCUUGUGGCAGCAUUUGAAUUUGGCACGACUUUUAGUGGCUACGCUUUCUCUUUCCGCUAUGAAACAACACAGAUACGUACUAACGGAGCGUUCUGUACUGAACCAGUAAUAUCAGCAAAAGUACCAACAUGCGUUUUACUUAACCCGCAAAAAGAAUUUGAUGCAUUUGGGUCUGAUGCUGAAUAUAAAUACAUGAAUCUUGUUGAAGAAGGGAAGCACAAACCUUGGAUGUUGUUCAGAAGAUUCAGGAUGCUGUUUCAUAACAAUGAUGGGAUAAGCCGAUAUGCGAGAGUAAAAGAUAUAACGGGCAAGAAGAUGUCGGCGAUGACAAUAUUUGAAAUGUCCAUUCGCUACCUACGUGAUCAUCUCAUAAAUGCCCUUACGAGGCAUGUGGGCGAAAUCAAGGAGUCAGAUAUCUUAUACGUGAUUACCGUUCCUGCCAUCUGGAACGAUGCUGCAAAAGAGUUCAUGCGAAAAGCUGCUUUGAGGGCUGGUCUGGACAAUGAUCGGAUCAAACUUGCACUUGAGCCAGAGGCAGCCUCAAUCUGGUGCCAACAUAUCGACAUAAGUCUCAAGACAGACCUUAGCAAGACUGGCAGUCAGUACAUGGUCGUAGACCUUGGAGGUGAAACAGCGGACAUAUCUGUUCAUGAAAAGAACUUUGACGGCACACUGAAAGAAAUUCACAAAGCCAGUGGUGGUCCGUGGGGUGGUACAUGCGUUGACCAGAAUUUUAUCAGCUGCUUGACCAACAUAUUUGGAGAAACAACGAUGUCCAAAUUUAAAGAGAAACACAUGGACGAUUAUUAUGAUCUUCUUCGUGUUUUCGAGACGAAAAAGCGCAUUAUCAACCCAGAAAUGGAUGGAUUAGUGAGAUUUAGUCUGCCUAACGCCCUCAUAAGCAUUUACGAUGAGACUGAACAGCUGACUAUUAAAGAAAAGCUUGAAAAGAUGAAGAUUGCAGAUGAUGUUGCUUUGGAACACGAAAAACUGAGAGUUUCAGCUGAUUUUGUAAGGUCGUGGUUUUCGGAGUCUAUUGAGAAAACGACACAGCAUAUGAUUAAACUGCUUUCCGAUAGUAACAUGAUGAAUGUUUCUACCAUACUGUUGGUUGGAGGCUAUGGUGAAUGCAUGCUUGUACAAGAUGCAGUUAACAAGAAAAUAAGAAACAAGAAAAUCAUCAUACCACAAGACGCUGGGCUAGCGGUGCUAAAAGGCGCAGUCUUGUUUGGACAUUUUUAUUGGCUUUCCUAACAUCUAAAAUAGUGAAAUAAGCAUAUGUAUUUUUGCUUCCGGAAUAAACUUUGAUGCAAAUAUACACCCCAUUAAGAAAAAGAGUUUUGAAUGUUAUGGAGAUUGAAAAGUGAAUGAUGGGUUUAUCACGGUUGUCGGUGUAGACACUGAGGCGAACAUUUGGAAAUUAUACAAGUCGCCAGGAAAGCAAGUUCUUACCUUAGAUAAUGUCGACAAUUUACACAUCGUCAGAGCAAAAGCCCGAUGCCAAAUGCAUAAUAUUAGAAGUUUCAUUUGGAUAUGCAUAAGGAAAAUCCAGAUAUAAAAUUGAAACAGAAAUUAGCUUCCUCUUCAGUGAACCAAAAAUGGAAGUUGAAAAGGGUGCAAAUACUUAAAGAUUGCUGUGAAAUAAAGGUCGUUGAUUCUUUAACCGCUAAGGAUGCAAACAACUGAGUGCAGUAUGGUAAUGAUCUUAAUGUGUAUCGUGUUUAAAACAAUUUAACAAUUCCCUUGCAGUUGAGGUUUAAUACCAAUUAAUACAUUUUCUAUUGAUGUUAUAGCAAAUUUACUAUUUAUUAUGUUCGCGCAUAAUUACACAAAUAAUUCGAGAUGUUUACGUCCCCAAACACAUAUAUAAGAAGAAUAUUUGUCAUAGGUAUAAAAAAGGCUAAACAUAAGCACUGUGUGUUCGAUAAUGUGACGCUAACCCGGUGUAUGAGUACAAGCAAUGCAGUGAACACGUAAUCAAACGAGGAAAUUAAGUAAAUCCAGAAUGUUCAGACCUUUUAGUUUCAAAACAUCAAAAGAUAGAAAGUAUCCGAUAGUUUGAUUUGAUAUGAUUAUGCCUGAUUUAUGUCAUAUUGUAAUGACAUCGUCAUUAUACAGGUAAGUCAAAUGAAACAUUUACUUGACAUCCAUCUGUGGAACUACCCUACAUUAGUAAGAUACCCUAAAAAGAAAUCAUUAAAUUUUAAAUUCAAUAUAAUUCAUCUAUCGACCUUCGGUCAUGGCGAUUCAAAUUCAUGUAUUUCUGUUCUGGAACGGGGUCCUUCACCAACCUUACAUAUACGUGUCAUAUAUUUGAAAAGAUAAGUAUAAUUGAUUCAUUAUCUUUAUUAUAAGAUAAACAUUAUUUUUUUUUAAUUUACCAAUUAUAAUCAUUCAUGUUUUGAGUGAUUUCGUUAUUGCUUUAUUUUAUGUCUUGAUGUAUGUUUUAUUGCUGUCUAUAAACUGUUAUGGCUGCCGGACCGCCCGGUAGUACCAUUCUACUGGUCCUUCUGUUCUGUCAGGUUUGCCCUCCGGUCCUUCACUGAUUUGUUAGCGUUUCACGGGCUCUCCUUAGACUUGUCGAGCGAGUUGCAGGUCCUGCCGACAUCGGUCAGUUUGGAUCACGUUAGCAUCUCCCGUUUAGCUUAUGAAUAGCGUUCCUUUCUGGAUAAGUAGCUUUUGUGCUUUUGAUGGCGGAAAGCUCGUUUUGGUCAGAAAGCACCCGUGAAUCUUAUAGGGAUCUAGUAUUUUGACCUAACUUAAAUACGACUGGUCUAGUAGUUUGACCUUACACAUUAAUUUCGAUUUAUUUCUCGUUGUAUAAGUUGUACAAAUGAAGGAAAGUAAUUGUUCAA